UGGGAAGCCACUUAUCUACAGACUUGUGGGCAGUAACUCACCCUCACUCAGCGGUCUUCUGGCUCUGGAAACAACUCUCGCUCAGCCUUCUCCACCAUGAGCCUCAGACUUGAUACCACGCCUUCCUGUAACAGUGCCAGACCACUUCAUGCCCUGCAGGUGCUGCUGCUUCUGUCACUGCUGCUGACUGCUCUGGCUUCCUCCACCAAAGGACAAACUAAGAGAAACUUGGCGAAAAGCAAAGAGGAAAGUCUAGACAGUGAGCCGUACGCUGAACUGCGCUGCUUGUGUAUGAAGACAACCUCUGGAAUUCAUCCCAAAAACAUCCAAAGUUUGGAAGUGAUCGGGAAAGGAAUCCAUUGCAACCAAGUCGAAGUGAUAGCCACAUUGAAAGAUGGGAGGAAAAUCUGCCUGGACCCAGAUGCUCCCAGAAUUAAGAAAAUUGUACAGAAAAAAUUGGCAGGUGAUGAAUCCGCUGAUUAAUUUGUUCCGUUUCUACCAAACUUCUUUAACUCCCAGGAAGGGUAGAAUUUUGAAGCCUUGAUUUUCUAGAGUUCUCAUUUAUUCGGGAUACCUAUUCUUACUGUAUUAAAAUUUGGAUAUAUGUUUCAUUCUGUCUUAAAAAUCACAUUUUAUUCUGAGAAGGUUGGUUAAAAGAUGGCAGAAGGAAGAUGAAAAUAAAUAAGCCUGGUUUCAACUCUCUAAUUAUUGGCUAAACAUUG